UCGACCAAGUGGCUGCGCAUUGUUCCGACAUCAACUACGACGCACAGGCAACUCAAAUCCUGCUUUCGUUCUUCUGAUACAUAUGACCGUAGGAACUGCGGCCGCCGGGGCACCACCCCGCCACGUCUCUCCCUCCCGCGCCUCCUUGCCUUCUCGCCAUGGCUCCCGCCUCAACCCACAGUCCUCCCGCCCUGCGUCCGUCAAAAGCAGCGGCGCCACCACCGCGGUCACCACCUCUGCUUCCAAGAUCCAUCUCGCCAACCUCGAUCGCGUCCUCCUCAAACCCUCGCCGCCGCAACCUACUUUUCAACCCGAGAUUGACCUCAAGCAGCAUUCCAACAACCAGCGCAGCGGUGCCGGCGAAAGAGGAGGGAUGAUGAUGAACCCGUUCAACCUGGCUUCUCUAUUUCCUGAUUUGUUCAGGAAGCAGGCGGCCGACGAGAUAAUGUCCCCUCCGAGCUUGACCCGCCUCCAGCGCCUCCUCUCCGAUAGCUCGCGAUCCUCCCCUAAGAACUUCAUCGCCGCCAAUUGGCGCCAGAUUCACGGCGAAACGGGUUGGUCGGGCCUCCUCGAUCCCCUCGAUGAGAACCUCCGCCGUGAGCUCAUCCGGUAUGGCGACUUCGUCCAGGUCGCCUACCACGCCUUCCACUCCCUUCCCUCGCCCGUCUUCCCCGCUGCAUCGCCUUCCUCUCGUCACAGCCACCUCCUACUCCCUGACCGUUUCUACCGCUCCACCAAGUCCCUCUUCGCCACUUCCUCUCUCGACCUCCCGGACUGGGCGCAACCCGCCGCUCCGCAGUGGCUCACCCAGCGCUCCAGCUGGAUCGGCUACGUCGCCGUCUGCGACAACGAUCGCGAGGUCCGUCGCAUGGGUCGGCGCGACGUCACAAUCGUCCUCCGCGGCACCGCCACCUGCCUCGAGUGGGCCGAGAAUCUACGCACGGCCCUCGUCCCCGUGGAUUUCGAAGCUGAAGCCGCUGUCGAAGUUGGUCAACGAGGCGUGCCGAAGGUGGCUUGCGGGUUCCGCAGCCUACACAAAACGGCCGGGGAGCACGUGCCGAGCCUCGCGACGGCGGUGGUGGAGGAAGUGCGCCGCCUCAUGGAGGUCUACGAGGGGGAGGAGCUCAGCAUCACGGUGACCGGCCACAGCCUGGGGGCGGCCCUGGCACUGUUAGUGGCGGACGAGCUGAGCACGUGCGCCCCGCGGGUGCCGCCCAUCUCAGUGGUCUCCUUCGGCGGGCCGCGCGUGGGGAACCGCGCGUUCGCCGAAAGGCUGAAGCGGAGGGGUGUCAACGUGCUGCGGGUGGUCAACGACAAGGACGUCGUCACGAUGGUACCGUCGGCGGCGGGGCUGCCGCACCUCAGUGAGGAGUACGAGCACGUGGGUUCGGAGCUGAGGGUGGACAACCGGGACUCGCCCUACCUCAGGCCGGACGCCGGACCCGCUUGCUGCCACGACCUGGAGGCCUACCUCCACCUGGUGGACGGGUUCAUGGGAACCGGGUUCGGGUUCCGGUCCGACGCCAAGAGGAGUCUGGUCCGACUUCUGGAGCUGCAACGGCCCAACAUCAAGAAGGUCUAUCUGAGCGGGGCGCAAGCUUUAAGGCUCAACCCGGUCGACGUCCGUCGCCCGGUCCAGUCCAAGGAUCCGGCUUGCCUCGUGAGUCCGUCCGUCUGAGCCGGACGGUCGCACCAAAUUUGAUUCAUUGAUUUCUCCUCUUCCUUAUGUACAUGAAGAUUGAGAAUUGUAUACGAUUUGGCCUAAGUUUGAUUUGUCGAAUCAAGUGCAUUCCUCUUUAAUCGAAGAUAUU